GGGAUCAGGCCUGGCUCAGUUCUUCCACACUAAACUGGGAAAACUUCUCUGUGGUGCUGGUUUUGUGGCUGUGGACAUCAUGGUGUUGGAACAGGAUUGGGGACUUUGGGGAUUUGUGUUCCCAGCCUGUGGGGGUUUAACCACUGAUCUAAAACAUCAUCACUGUAUGCUGCAAGAUUUCACCUCACUGGAACUAAGGUGUUCAUGACAGCAUGUGCAGAGCUGUAGUUUAACUUCAUCAGCAAACUGCAGUGCUAAAAGGACACACUGCCCCCUGCUGGUUCAAAUUAAAAAAAGAAAAUUAUUCUCAAAACUAAAGCUCGGCUUGAUUCCUAAAUUGGUCAAAAGUUUUAAAAGAUCAUGAGCCAUUUUCAUCUUCAAAAGUAAGAAACUCAGUUCAAAAGCCAAACAAUGACAUACAGUGACUCAGUCAGUGACUAUUGUUAAGUGAGAGAUAAGGUAACAUCAAACAGAACCGACCAUUAUUAGAGUAUCUCCACCUGUUGGAGGCAAAGCAGCAGGGGGUGAGAGGCCUUUAAAUGAGCCGUAGGUUCUCAGGACAGGCAGUAUGUGUUACUGACAACAGACUGGGAGGCACAUUAACUGAGGUAAGUCACGUUUGAUUUCUAACUGAUUUCUGCAUGUUUCCAUCUGUGCUGUACAGGCAGCAGUGGAGCAAGUGGACUUUUAUGUGACCAAGUCAACCUGCUGCAUUAUCAAAAUAAAUACUGCAUGCAAACAUACUUUUAUACACAAAAAGUAUGUAAACAUGCUAUUCUUCAGCAGAAGUUCUCAUUAUGCAAAAUGGCCCCUUUCAGGGCUUCAUAUUCAGUGAUGGAUUUAGCCAGAGCAACAGCACCACAUUAAAAAUACUCCAUUUCAAGACAAAUCCCUGUUUGUUUGUUUGUUUGUUUGUUUUACUGAAGUAGGAUCAACUCCUGUCAGCAACAUGCAUUUAAAGUACUGUAAGUGAAAGUACUCAUCAGGCCACACAAUGACCCUUCCGUCUUAUAUUUUUAUGGAUUAUUGUUUUUUUUUCAACUAAUUCUAUAUGAAUUAGGGUGCACUGAACCACUGCUUCAUGCUGCGUAUUUCUACGCAAAAGCAUAUGUGCAUACAUAAAAUCUUUCUAGUAAUAUAACAUCCAUUACAUAAAUGUAAUGGAGUAACAGUAUUUAUUUAAAAAAGUUAUCCUUAAGUACAUUCAACCAUUAGUUUCAUUAUUAGGCUCUACUGUACUGCACAAAUUAUUAUGACUUAUUGCACAUUACAUUACAUUAACUUGACAGACAGAGAUGCAUAGCAACAACAAUAAAAACAAAAAUAUGAUAUAUGACUGAUAUCUAAAAGAAAUAUACAAAUAUGACUAAAUAAAAAUAAUAAGAGUAGCAGGCGACAUCCAGAAGGAGGUCCAACCACAACCCGUGAGAGACGAGAAAGCGCAAAGACUUUAGGGAAGAGGACAAGUUAGUAACGUGCAUUAAGAAGAAGAGGGAGGGGAGGAGCUCAGUGCAUCAUGGGAGAUCCCCCGGCGGUCUAAGCCCGCAGCAGCAUAACCAGGGGCCAAGCCGAGGCCAGCCCUAAUGCUGAAGAGAUGCUGUGAUGCUCUGUGGUGAUACAUAACAGGAAAAGCACGGAAACACUUUGUCGGUGGCGUCAGGCAUUUAAAAGAUGUUGAUUUUUGUCUGUCUGAAGAUUUAGACCAAACAGAGACCAGAGACGAACAAAACCUCCACACCUGAACUUUAGCACAACGAGUCUUUGUUUAUGCGUCCCUGACAUGAGGAGGGGUUUUUGAAAAGGGGGGUUGAAAGGCAGCUUUUCCUUCCUGAAAGCCUCUCAUGCUGUACAGGUAAGAUGGUCGGUCAUCAGUGGCUCCCCUGGAUUAACAAUCCAAACUCCAGCUCGAUCUCAGUGACUUCAGCCAAGCAGGAGCAGGAAAUGUCUUCAGAUCACCUCAGCACCAGAAAAAAUGUGAGCUGUCACCACUUCUGUCCAGUAGUCGGCCUCUCGACGCUCUGCUUGCUGCUGCUUGUGGCCUGUGCAGCACUUUCUGUCUUGUAUAACAGCGAGUCAAACAGCAGGCCAGAAUGGAAAAGCCUCCUGUUUGACUACCAGAACAUCAGUGAUGGCUACCUGACUCUUACUAAAGAAAACAACGACCUGAGAGCCCACAGUGAAAGCUUAGAGGAGCGCAGAACCUGGCUGGAGGAGCAGACCAAACUCCUCAACAGGACUUCAGCCAAACUGACGGCGGUUAAUCUUGCUUUGAGUCUGGAAAGCACCGAGCUGAUGGAGCAAAUUGUGAAUCUGACCUCUACAAACUUACACCUCACACUCGAACAUGAGCGUCUAGUCCAGCACACGUCCGAGCAGGAGGAGGAGAAGCUGAACAUGUCGCAAACUAUCCAACAUCUGCUCGACUCCAACACUCUGCGAGAGGAGGAGCGGCGACGACACUCCGAGGUGAGCCGCCUCCUCAGGGACGAGCUGUUCGAGCUGCGGGAAAAGCAUCGAGAGCUCCUGGAAAUCAACGACAAGUUUCAAGGAGAGAUUAAGAAUCUGACCGAGCACAUCGCAGCCCUGUUGGGAGACGACUGCGAGAAGGCGUCGAAAUGCAACACGCAACAACUCCAGGAGAGAGCAACGGACCUUCAGGAGCAAAACCACAACCUGAGCUUCCUGCUGACGAAGGAGAGGCAGGAAGCAGCCGAGCGAGAGGAGCAAAGGAACGAGAUGGAGGUGGACCUGCACGCAGUGAGGGAGGCCUACCACUCCCUAGACCUCUACUGCCCCGUGGUUGAUCACAGGACGAAAGAACGGGUAUGCAAAAGGUGUGAGGACAGCUGGAGAGUUUUCGAGAACAAGUGCUACUACUUCUCCUCUCGUGUGCUCACCUGGAGCUCCAGCAGAGCCUGGUGCCAGACACAAGGGGGCGAUCUCCUCACCAUUGACAGCGAACCAGAACAGAACUUUGUUCAUGAGACCAGUCGGGCUCUGGAUCAGAGUGGCACCAGGCUGUGGGUCGGUAUGACGGAUGAGGAGGAGGAGGGUGAAUGGUUCUGGGUGGAUGGCAGCUCGGUCACUUCAGGUGUACAGUUCUGGCUGAGCAGACCAGGAAUGGGCACUGAGCCCGAUGACUGGAAGCUGGACGACCCUCUAGGAGAGGACUGUGGACACAUAGACACCAGCGAAAACACACUCGAGUCCUGGAUGGAUGGUUCCUGUAAGAUACCUUAUAGAUGGAUCUGUGAAAAGAAUGUUUAGCUCAUCCAAGACAUUUUUUGUAUUUGUCAAUUCAGUGUACUUACAGCAGUAAAACACUAAUUUGAAUUUUCAGUUUGUGGGGGAUUGUGGGACUCUAUCUGUGCUGUAUACAAUCGCUGCUAUGUAUUAAUGGUGAUUGUGCACAUUUUUUCUUUCAAAAUAAAACAAUAUUUUACCAUCAGAAUCCAGUUUGUCAUUGGUCCUCU